AUGGCUACUAUGUUCGGAGCUUCUGGUGCCGGAGGAGAUGACGACCCUGAGCAUCGCCGCCUACCGCCAGAUCAACAACAACCUCCUGAUCGUCCCGACCUGCCCGAUCAAUCUGGUUCCGACGACGAAUACACUGCUGGCACCCGAAAAUGCUCGAAAUGCAACGAAACGAAGGCGCUCGCACAUUUUCGCCAUGUCAAAGGUAACGCUACCUUCGGUCUAACAUGUUGGACUUGUCGUAAGAUCACCUGUGACAACGAAGGCGAAAUCGCGAUCGCAGAUCUGCCCUUACCAGGUGGGAUCGGCGCUUCCAAUGUGCAGAAGGCACUGCCUACCGUGGGACAAAUCAUCGACACGUUACGCAAGAAGGCUGAGCUUCAGCAGCGCCCAACGAUCAUCCCGAAAAAGCGCAAGCGAAAGUAUUCGUUGACAACCCACUGCGAAGCAUGCAAGACCUGCUUGAUCGGGGAGGAGCGUGGGAACGGACCCAGUGGCGAAAAGUACUGUCUCUCGUGUGCUAGAAAAGCUCUCCUCGCUGCCAACAAAGCACAGACGUCGGGUGAAGCAAUGGAGAGGAAGGCUGAGACCGGAGUCACGAAAGUGAAAGCACCUGCGAAAGUGAAAGCACCUGCGAAAGUGAAAGCACCUGUCAAAGACUUCAAGUUGCCCGUCAAGAAAGGAGAAUGUAAGAUCUGCAGGCAGGACAUCAUGGUCAACGAUAAGAUGGUGAAAGGACCCGACAAGGAACUGCUGUGUGCGCUAUGCUAUAAACGCUACUGGUUGGCGAAGAAGAAGGCAGACCAGUCUGCUGUGCCGGUCGGAGACUCGUGGAAGUUUUCAGGGAGGAAAGCGAUUUACCAAAGAGGGGAUGAAGAGCAAUCGGAAGUAGAUUCUGAUGCUGAACCAGAGAUCAAGACCGCAGUGUGCGAAGUCUGCACCGGGAAACUGACUCUACCUGUGAGGAAAGGUCCCAAGGGCGAACGAUUAUGUUCCGCGUGUUACACACGCUGGCGGCGAUACGCCAUUCAGGCGGCGGAGGGGUCGGACAAGGAGGUUACGGACUCAUGGAAGUCCAGUAGGCAACGGCGAAAGGAGGAGGCGUGCAUACGCUGCGGAACUUUUGAGAUGAUGGACGACCGGGAGGAUCGCCUUUGUGAGACUUGUGGCAGGCGCCAUGACGCCUAUAUCGACCGCGAGGACCGACCAUCAAUCCGCCCGUCGAACGCAAGCAUACGCGACAUGCAGAUUACCACGCACGCUGAAAUGCGAGAUCUAGCCGUCAGCAACUACUGGGAGAUCAACCCGUCGUACGAUCCUCGUCAUGACAAAGCUGGACCGCCCAUCACGCAGCACAACUAUUGGCCAUUGGAGCAAACUCCACUCAGGCAGCUAACGACGCAACGUGGCAUAGUCCGCAGGCAAAAUGACACGAAGGAUGAACUCAUACGUUUUUUGCAGAUCGCAGAUGCCCUUGAUGGCAUCUUGCCACAUCCAGAUCCCGAAGGCGCCUCGAGAUUCAUGGGAAUGUCUUACUACCAAACGCUGCCUCUCGCCCGAGAGAGUGGCUUCUUUCGACAAACUAAUCCCCCGCCUGCAACGCUGGAAAACUUGAGGGAUUUUUUGAUCGACCCAGAACGAGCCUCAGUCCCUAGCCAACCGAUAGCACAGGAGGACCUUGCUGUGAUGGCGCGCACAUACUUGGCGGACCUCACCACGUCUUUGUCUGGCUUGCAGGACAGCGCAGAAGCGACCGCCAUUGUCGAACAAGUCACUCACCAUACGCACAACCGCGGUCUGUAUGGUGCUCGAGAAGCAAUCGAUAGUCUUCAGGACACAGCUUCGCAUAACCUCCUCCCAAGCGAUACGAGCGGUGCAGGACUGUUGUGCGGUGCACGAGCCUAUGCAGAAUCGCGCAUUGCUAGACUGCGAGCUUUGGGCAUCUAUACAGGCAUGACUUCAGAACAGAUGAUGCACGAGCUAAUGCUGCUUCUCUUCCGCAACUACGAUCCGCACAAUAUGCCGACGGCGGACAUGGUCGGUAUUCCAACAGACGAGUACGAUGCGUACGUUCGCGAGCGUGUCAGUGUCUAUGCCUCGGACGAGAACAACCGCCAGGACCAAUACUUCAGGCGGAUGGCUAUGAACAACGUCGACAUCGAACAAGUCGCAGCUAUGGCUCACCUUGCUCAUGCAGCUCAGCUCGGCGGUGCGGCCGACGACUUCGGCCUGGGCGUAGUCGUCGCUGCCCAUACUCGCAUACUACAUGACGGAACUCGAGAGCAUGUCCCGGCACAUGCACGUAUCGUACGUCCUGGAGCUGCAGAUGCUCCAGAUAUCUGGGUGCACCAUAACACAGCUCUCUCGCGCGAUCAAUAUAGCCACUUCGAAUCAUUCACUAUCGGGGGUCGGAUCGACGCAGCUAUCGAGUGGGGAUUGGAAUUUGCCGAUACUGGUAUGAUUCUGAACACGAGGCGCUUCCGCCGGGAGAAUGAGAGACAUGCAGCUAUUGAGACGAAGGAGGCGGCUCUGCUGAGGGAAAUUGCGAACAAGCGGAGCGAACUCAACAAGCAUCGUGCGAAGUUUCGGCAAUGUUGCGAUCCCUGCCGACAGCAGGAGCAUGAGGAUUGCUCGGGCAAGCCAGGCGCGCCAUGCGAGCGAUGCAAGAACGACGGCCGACAGUGCGGCUGGAACAACGCUGUGUACAUUGAUCCCGGACCAUUCUUCUUCAAGGCUUCUGAGGCCACCGAAGCAAACUUGAAGCCAUGGCAACGUCCGAUGGAGAAUGAGCAAGGGUAUAUGGAGCUUACGAAACAGCAAAAGCCAGGACCAGAGCCACCAGGCAAGCACUACCUUAUGAUCGGCUGCGCUCGCAUAUCCAGCCACGCCGGCCAAGAUGUUAUCGACCAGAACAUGGCAAAUCUUCUCUUGACGCUGACCACCCUCGACCAACUUCACAAUUCCCCUUUCCACAACGACACUGACGAGGGCGAGCGUCCAGGAGGAGCUGCAGCCAACCUUGCACGGCGACUGUUCACCAUCUCUAUUGCUAGGCAUGGCACGAGGGACGUUCCGAGGGAUAUCGGCAACCUCUUUGACGCAAGCCUGAUUGCACACGUUGGUCUGAUUGAUCACAUUACGGAUCCAAACAACAUCAACCCUCCAGUCGAGAUCAUCUACGUUACACAAGGUAUCGCAGGCCUAAGUGUCCCUAUCGAAGGAUGGUUGCCGUUCUUCCUCAACAUCGUGCGCCGGGACGCCCGUAAUGCUGGCACAACAAGCGUGUGA